GCACAACAAUGGCGGAUCUUCCAUUAGAUAUAAUAACCUCCAUUCUUACCCGACUACCUACUAAAUCACUUAUUCGUUUCAAAUGUGUUUCAAAAUCUUGGAAUUCUCUCAUCAAAAGCCCCAAUUUCGUUAAUAUUCAUCUAACACAAUCUCUCUCUUCCAAGAAGCAACUUCUUAUCUUCAACUAUGGAAGUUUCUUGGAGUCUACGCCAUUAAAGUUGAGUUUAUCUGAUCUUCAUGUUACUACUAGUGCAAGGUUUGAUUUACCCACUUGUUUUUCUGGGUAUGAAGUUUCAGUUUGUGGGUCUUGUAAUGGGUUAUUAGCUUUGGUUUGUAAAAAUGUUGAUGACCCAUUAUUGUUUGAGAUUAUUUUGUGGAACCCAUCUACUAAUAUUCAUUUUAUACUGCCUCGUAAUACUCAUGUUGAUUUUGGUACUGAUUUUAUGGGUGUUAGUUUUGGUUUUGGGUAUGAUUGUAAUGUUGAUGAUUAUAGAAUUGUCAGGAUUGUUGAUAGAUUUUACAAUAGGGAUCACUCUCAUGCUCAUGGUCAUGCUCAUGGUCCUGAUGAUGAUAAUGGUGACCUUGAUUAUGGUGAUAAUGGUGAGCUUGAUUAUGGUGAUGGUGGUUUUGAUGGUGAGCUUGAUGAUGGUGGUGGUGGCGGCGCUGUUGAUGUUGAUUAUGGCGAUGGUGGGGGUGAUGAUGAUGAUGAUGAUGAUGAUGAUGGUGGUGGUGGUGGUGGUGGUGAUGGUGAUGGUGGUGAUGGUGAAGAUACUGAUGGAAGUAAUGAAUGUAGUUUUGGUUUCAUAUACAGGGAAGUAAUGGUAUAUAGCUUAAGAGAGAAUACAUGGAAAAUGAUACAUGUUGGAACAUUUGGUGAUAAAAUGGAAUGGUUUUGUCCUGGUGCAGUCAUAAACAACCACAUAAUUCACUGGAUUUUCUGGAAAUAUCUAAAAGAUGAGCCUCGCCUUCGAGGGUUUGAUCUCUCCUCUGGUGAAUGGAAUAGAUUACCCUUACCAGAUUUCACUGGAAAACAGAACACAGAUUGUCCUAAUGAUGCUGAUUAUGAUUCCUUCAAAGCUAGUGAUAUAGUUGUUUUAGGUGUUUUGGAUGAAUGUCUAUGUCUAGUGACUCGAAUUCUCCCUCAACUUGACAAUGUUUAUGUUUGGGUUAUGAAAGAGUACGGUGUUGAAGAGUCAUGGACUAAAUUGUUUAAUGUCAUUGAGGCGAAUAUUGUUGGACCAUUGUCGAGUUCUCCACUUGCUUCUUCCUAUGAAGAACAUCAAGUUCUGCUGAGAAGAGCAGAUGAUGAACAUGGCCUUUGCUAUUACAACUUGAAGAGCAAAACUGUGAAAUCUGUUCCUAGGAUUUCUAGUAGUCUCAAGCUUCAUGAUGUCAACCUCUGUGUCGAAAGCCUUGUUCCUAUUAUGCCGAAUAUGAUUGCAGAGUGAUGAAUAUAUACCCUGCUAAAUUUUUGGCAGGAUAGUUAUGUUAUUAUUAGUUCAAUUACAUGAGUAGCUUUUUAAUUUAGAUGGUUCCUAGCUGAUUGAAAAGUCCCUUGUCUGAUUGCCUUUUAACAGUCUUUUUACAUUGUGUCUUCUGUAGUAUGUUAAGAUCUUCUG